AUGUCUUUCUCGGCCAACCCCUUAUCUCUGAGCGUCCCCGAGCCCGCAUUCGAGUCGUGGCUAAGAGACCGUGGCUACCUGGAAAUCCUCGACCAACGAACCUCUGACCUCCACCGCCUCUCCACCACAACCACUUCCUCCUCCUCCUCCUCCUCCGCCACCACCACUAGCUCCGCUUCCAUAAUCACUGGUGGAUUCUUUAUAUCGGUUUUUUCAUACAUCGGAACCCUACUCUCUCUCUUCACUUUCAAUCCCUUCUCCAAGCUCACCUCCGACGACUUCUCCGGCAAUACUCCCUCCUGGACUUUUCGAUUUAUCGGUUCUUCUGAUUCCUACUCGUUCCCUUCGUCGACCUCUCAGGCUCGGUUGAGAGUCCACGAAAAUGUCAAGCGCUUUGCUCGCAAUUAUGCCUCUCUCUUCAUCCUCUUCUUCGCUUGCUCUCUGUAUCAUAUGCCUCUUGCUCUUGUUGGGCUGAUAUCAUGUUUGGCGCUUUGGGAUCUGUUCAGAUUUUGGGGUGAUCGAUGGGGAUUAGAUCGAUACCCUGUAUUUCGACUAAGCUUGGUUCGAGUUGCUCAAUGUGCAACUGCCAUUAUUUUAUUCUUCUCCAAUGUUCAAAUGGCUCUCUUAUGCGCUCUUGGGGUUAGUUAUGCAGUUUUGAUUUUGCAUGCCUCUUUCCGGAAGCUGACUCCCAUCAAGCGAGCUACUGAAGGAGGGAGGUCAAAAUAG